GAGUGACAGCUCUUUCAACUUCUUCGUCUUCUUCUUCAUCUUCUUCGCCCAAGACGUGAUGUACGUCCUGCAGGCCGUUGGGAUUCCCGGUUGGGGAUUCAGCGGUUGGAUCAUCAGCUUCGUCGCUCUCAGACAAAACCCAGGGGUGGGCAUUUUCAUGAUCCUUGUUGCCGUGUUGUUCACCGUCGUUGCCGGGCUGGGCAUCAUCAUGUUGAAACGGAUCCACUCCCUUUACCGCCGCACCGGCGCCAGCUUCCAAAAAGCCCAGGCCGAAUUCGCCGCCGGCGUUAUGUCCAACCAAACGGUUCGCACGGCGGCGGCCAACGCCGCAGCCGGGGCAGCCGCCAACUCGUUCCAGGCCCCCUAAAGGAACGGCGACUUGCAAGUUGUCAUCGGUUGGCCGAUUUCGCCGGGACUCCUUCACCGAAACGGAAACCCACCCACCCCCCUCAAGUGCACGGCCUUGCCCUCCUGGGGGGCAAAAAUUCCUCUCCCCCCCGCCCCUUUUUGUGCAGAUUUCAGAAGCUUGCGAUCUCGCGACGGAUCCACCCCGCUCCGGCUGCACUAACGUGAAGCUCACCGAUCCCUCGACGCGGCUUGGCUCUUCUCUUUUUCCGCCCAAAAUUGACAGAGGACUCAGCUGCUGUUUCAUCCCUGCUUGUGACUCCUCUGAUUUACCCAAG